CUCCUCUUCUUGUUAGGCAGCUAGCGUUCCGGGGACACGAGCAGCACCUUGAAAUAGACUUUCGGGACCAAAACAUGUCAGCCCAAAUCAUAAGCGGGAAAGAGGUUUCAGCGCAGGUGAGGGAGCGUCUGAAGAAGGAUGUGGAGCAGAUGAAGCUCCAGGACCCAAACUUCAGACCUGGUCUAGUGGUUUUGCAGGUUGGAGACCGGGAUGAUUCAAAUCUGUACAUCAGCAUGAAGCUGAAGGCAGCAGAAGAGAUUGGAAUAAAUGCAACGCAUAUGAAACUUCCCAAGACUGCAACGGAGGCAGAGAUUCUUCACAGCAUCACUCAGGUGAACGAGAACUCGUCUGUCCACGGCCUCAUCGUGCAGCUGCCUUUAGACUCCAUCCACAAGAUCGACACGGAGAAAGUCACCAACCACGUGGCCCCAGAGAAAGAUGUAGACGGACUGACCAGUAUUAAUGCAGGAAAGCUGUCUCGUGGGGAUCUGGGUGACUGCUUCAUCCCCUGCACACCAAACGGCUGCAUGGAGUUGAUCAGACAAACUGGUGUGUCUGUGGCAGGAAAGAGAGCGGUAGUGAUUGGUCGCAGCAAGAUCGUGGGCGCACCGAUGCACGACCUGCUGCUGUGGAGCCACGCCACUGUCACCACCUGCCACUCGAAAACCGCUGAUCUCCCUGGAGAGGUGAGCAAAGCAGACAUCCUGGUCGUCGGCAUCGGAAAAGCUGAGAUGGUGAAAGGAGAGUGGAUCAAGAAGGGAGCAGUCGUCAUCGACUGUGGUAUUAACCACAUCCCAGACGAGACUAAAGCAAGUGGGAAGCGGGUGGUGGGUGAUGUCCACUACGCCUCAGCCAAAGAGCAGGCCGGCUUCAUCACGCCUGUGCCCGGAGGUGUGGGACCCAUGACUGUGGCUAUGCUGAUGGCGAACACGGUGUUGAGUGCAAAGCGUUUCUUGGAGAGCCACCAACCAGGAAAGUGGAAUAUUUCUUAUACCAAACUCAACCUCCAGAAGCCCGUGCCGAGCGACAUUGUGGUUUCUCGCUCUGUGGUGCCCAAACCCAUCGACUGUCUAGCAAGAGAGGUUGGCCUGUUGUCCGAUGAGGUGGAGCUCUACGGGAAGACCAAGGCCAAGGUUCAGCUGAAUAUCAUCAAGCGGCUGCAGGCCCAGCCAGACGGCAAAUAUGUGGUGGUCACUGGCAUUACACCCACCCCCCUUGGUGAAGGAAAGAGCACCACCACCAUCGGCUUGGUCCAGGCGCUGGGAGCACACAUGAAGCUUAAUGUGUUUGCUUGUGUCCGACAGCCUUCGCAGGGACCCACCUUUGGCAUUAAAGGUGGUGCUGCAGGUGGUGGAUAUUCUCAAGUCAUUCCAAUGGAAGAGUUUAACCUCCAUCUCACCGGUGACAUUCACGCCAUCACGGCUGCCAACAACUUGGUGGCUGCUGCCAUCGAUGCUCGCAUGUUCCAUGAGUCUACACAAACUGACAAGGCUCUGUAUAACCGCUUGGUCCCGCUCAGUGGAGGACAGAGAAAGUUCUCUCCCAUCCAGAUCAACAGACUGAAAAAACUGGGCAUAGAGAAGACUGAUCCCUCCACUCUGACUGAAGAAGAGAUCACCCGCUUUGCCCGCCUGGACAUAGACCCCAGCUCUGUCACCUGGCAAAGAGUGUUGGAUACCAACGAUCGAUUCCUGAGGAAGAUCACCAUCGGCCAGGCGCCAACUGAAAAGGGAUACACAAGAGAGGCUCAGUUUGACAUCACAGUGGCCAGUGAAAUCAUGGCGGUGCUCGCCCUCACCAGCAGCCUUGAGGACAUGCGUCAGCGUCUGGCAAAGAUGGUCGUUGCCACCAGCCGCGGAGGACAGCCCAUCACCACUGAGGACCUGGGUGUGAGUGGUGCUCUAACUGUGCUAAUGAAAGAUGCCAUCAAGCCAAACCUAAUGCAGACCUUGGAGGGGACGCCUGUGUUUGUGCAUGCUGGCCCAUUUGCCAACAUCGCUCAUGGCAACUCCUCCAUCCUGGCUGAUAAAAUAGCUUUGAAGCUGGUGGGACCUGAGGGCUUUGUAGUGACGGAGGCUGGCUUUGGUGCUGACAUCGGCAUGGAAAAGUUCUUCAACAUCAAGUGUCGAUACUCAGGCCUCAGACCCCACGUGGUGGUGCUGGUGGCCACCGUCCGAGCUUUGAAGAUGCACGGGGGAGGUCCGACAGUCACUGCAGGAAUGCCACUGCCUAAGGAAUACACUGAGGAGAACCUUGAGCUGCUGGAGAAGGGCUGCAGCAACAUGAGGAAGCAGAUAGAGAACGCACAGCACUUCGGCGUGCCAGUGGUGGUGGCUGUUAAUGGUUUCAAGACCGACACCGAGGCUGAGCUGGACCUUGUCUGCAGCGUGGCCAAAGCCGCAGGAGCCUUCGAUGCCGUGCGCUGCUCGCACUGGGCUGAAGGUGGAGCAGGUGCAGUGGCCCUUGGUCAGGCUGUCCAGAGGGCCUCCGAAGCCCCGAGCAAAUUCAAGUUCCUCUAUGAAUUGGAGCUUCCUAUUGCUGAUAAGAUCCGAAUAAUCGCCCAGAAGAUCUACGGGGCGGAUGAUAUUGAGCUUCUCCCUGAGGCUCAACACAAGGUGGAGCUCUACACCAAACAGGGCUUUAGCAAUCUGCCAAUCUGCAUGGCAAAGACUCACCUGUCGCUCUCCCACGAGGCAGACAAGAAGGGUGUGCCCAAAGGGUUCAUCCUACCAAUCAGAGACAUCCGAGCCAGUGUGGGCUCUGGCUUUCUGUUCCCGCUGGUUGGCACGAUGCCCACCAUCCCUGGUCUGCCCACCAGGCCUUGUUUCUACGACAUUGACCUGGACCCUGAGACUGAACAGGUCAAUGGGCUCUUCUAAAGCGCGCCUCUGCACUGUACGAUGACCCAGCGUCCCCCACUGAGCCUUAAUGAGAUGUGAUGGACUCAUUACUGGAAGCGCCAUGAGCUUGUCUGCUGGUGCUGUUUUUGUUUGUUGUUUUUCAUUCAGACACUGACAUCUGUAAAUAAUUGAUUUGCUUUGCCCAGAGGGCUGCAGAUGGGUAAAUCAAGAAACUUAAUUAAUCACAGAGCAGUUUACCCCCAGAGAUUGUGUACGAGGGAGAAGUGUCCUACUGACAAUUCUUUCAGAUGCAUCUCUCGCUGCACAUAAACAGGCAAAAACCCUCAGUGAAAAUAAUAACAGGCCUAUAUUAUAUUUUUAAGUGACAAAUCUAAACUCCUGUAUUGACCACUUGUGUAUAUUUUGUGUGCAGUACACCAGGAGCAUCUCUUCCAGGCCACCGUCCUUCCUCCAACUCUGUGUGCCUUUGAGAUACAUUUAGUAUUAAAAGAAAAACAUCGGAACCUGAAAAUAAUGUUGAUUUACAAGAUGUCUCUUUUUCUGAACAACCUUCCAUCCAUCGCCUGUCAAAUGUCCCAUUUUGUCUGUCCUUUAUUCUAAUUGACUAUUUCUAACACUGUCUAACACUGCUGGAGAAAUCAUUGUGUUUUAAAUCAGUGGUUUCAACUUUUUUUUGUCAGAAAACAUCAAAUAAAUUGUCCAUGAUGACCCACUUA